AUGACUCAGCCGUGGCAGCAGAAGGCGCCACGGAGGCCGAUGAUGUGGAGGCCAUGGUGGUGCCGGUUCUUCACUUCCCGUGUUACGAUCGGUACCCUGGAGCCGAGAAGUAUGUGGCCAGCACUAACGUGCCUGGCUCAAUGGGGCAUCGGCGUGGUAGCUGCGGCUUUAGAAACGAGAGUUUCUGCUGUGCCAGCUUUCCCUUGUCACGAAGAUGGGCUAUGCACUCCAGACUCGCGCCGAUGCGAUCGGCACAAGAAGGUGCUCUUCGUUAAGAUUGUCGCGGGUAGCAAGAUCGACAAGACGGUGGAGAUUCCAUAUGGUGACUGGGAAGUUGGCUUGUGGUACCGCUGUCGUGCCCACGAGGCCACCGGGCUGCCCAUCCGACGGCUGAAAUUGCUUUUUGCGGGAGCCGCUUUGCCAGACGGCCGGCGACACAGUGGCCUACAGGUGCGCAGCACACUUCACCUGGUGGUUCCGGCAAAAGAGGCUCUUGAGAAGGGGCUUUCGGAGGUGCUUGCUGUCGGGGGACCUGAAGCCCUAGUUUAA